CCUCGCCGCCGGCACCAGGAUGCCCGGGCCAGCUCCAGACGCCUGGGCGUGGCCGGACUCGGAGCAUCCACAGACACCGGAGUGGAAGAGGGAGAAGUCGACGGACCGGAGCAUCCGGAUCUAGCAUGGCAGUUGCAAGCUAGAUCUCAGUGUCCACGAGAAGAUGCGGCUGCUAGGGAGGCCAGCCAUGUGGGCUCCCAGCCAUCGUCACCUCUGUCUGAUCUUCCUGCUAGCCUGUGUUUUUGCCUGCGUCUUCUUCCUCCUCAUCCACCAAAACCUCUUUCACAGUGGCUUAGACCUGUUCCUGCUGUGUCCAGACCGUAGCCGGGUGACCUCUCCCGUGGCCAUCCUUUGCCUGUCAGGCACACCAGUGAACACCAACGCCACCUUUUCCUGUCCCAAGCAUCCUGCCUCCGUCUCAGGAACUUGGACCAUCGACCCCAAAGGCCGGUUUGGGAACCAGAUGGGGCAGUACGCCACGCUCCUGGCCCUGGCCCAGCUCAAUGGCCGCCAGGCCUUCAUCCAGCCCUCCAUGCACGCCGUCCUGGCCCCCGUGUUCCGCAUCACACUGCCUGUGCUGGCGCCCGAGGUGGACAGACACGCUCCCUGGCAGGAGCUGGAGCUUCAUGACUGGAUGUCGGAGGAGUACGCCCACGUGAAGGAGCCCUGGGUGAAGCUCACGGGCUUCCCUUGCUCCUGGACCUUCUUCCAUCACCUCCGGGAGCAGAUCGAGUUCACCCUACACGAGCAUCUGCGGCAGGAGGCGCAGCGUUCGCUGAGUGGGCUCCGCUUCCCCCGCACCGGGGACCGCCCGAGCACCUUCGUGGGUGUCCACGUGCGCCGCGGGGACUACCUACAAGUGAUGCCUCUCCACUGGAAGGGUGUGGUGGGGGACCGCGCUUACCUCCAACAGGCUAUGGACUGGUUCCGGGCCCGGCACAAAGCCCCCAUCUUUGUGGUCACUAGCAACGGCAUGGAGUGGUGCCGGGAAAACAUUGACACCUCCCGGGGGGAUGUGAUCUUUGCCGGAGAUGGGCAGGAGGGUGCGCCCCACAAAGACUUUGCGUUGCUCACACAAUGCAACCACACCAUCAUGACCAUUGGCACCUUUGGCUUCUGGGCCGCCUACCUGGCUGGUGGAGACACCGUCUACCUGGCCAACUUCACCCUGCCUGAUUCCAGCUUCCUGAAGAUCUUUAAACCUGAGGCUGCCUUCCUGCCUGAGUGGGUGGGCAUUAAUGCGGACUUGUCUCCGCUCCAAGGGAAGGCUGAGUCUUGAGGAACAGGGAGACUUUCUGAAAUAGCCUGAUCCACAUAGGGCCAAUAGUAUGCAUUUCUGGAAGCCCAGAAGAUUCUAGAGAAGCCUGUGGUCCUGCAGGUGGUGGACACCCAUUUCUAGAGUCAUUCUAGUUGGCUAGACUUGGAGAAAAGGGGCAUGGGUGUUUUCUGCCACUGCUGGAACAUUCUAGAAUCAAUGGAAAAGCUUUGCAUGGUGGGUGGCGAUGUCUGGAAAAGUUCGUGGCAGUUCUAGAAGGCACAGUGCCCACCUGUUCUUCCCAGGCCAUAACCAGAGUACUUCUAGAUCACUGCCCCCAGUAACAGGGAAUUCACCAUUCCAGUGUUGACCAUCCUGGCCUUUUUUGAGAAGAGAGAGUUCUCUUCUCUGGGUCAGCAGGACUGAAGGAACUCAUGGGUGUUCUACAGAAAGCACCCACCAACUCCCCUUCUGUGGUUCUGGAAUGAUUCUAGAGGGGUGGGGAGAUGUUUUCUGGAGAGGGUCAACUCUAAUGCCUAUAAAGAACCCUGCAGGGCCCUUCCAGAGGGGAUGGGAUUCUAGAAUUUCGGGUAACCUCAGCAAGCUGCUGCUGCUGCUAAGUCUGUUUAGUCAACUCUAUGCGACCCCAUAGACGGCAGCCCACCAGGCUCCCCCGUCCCUGGGAUUCUCCAAGCAAGAAUACCGGAGUGGGCUGCCAUUUCCUCCUCCAGGGCAUGAAAGCGAAAAGUGAAAGUGAAGUCACUCAGUCGUGUCCAACUCUUCAUGACCCCAUGG